UAUCUGUGCAUAAGACAAAUGUCACUGCAAGCUCUGAUGCAGGCUCAGACAACGAUCCUGCUCGCUAUUGCCCUGUUCACAGGAAAACUCAUCCUCUGGCUAAAUGUAGAGCCUUCAGAAUGAAAACACUGUUUGAACGAAAAAACAUCUUAAAAGAGCACAAGCGGUGCUUUAAGUGCUGCUCUCCAAACCACCUUGCUAAAGACUGUCAGACUAUUCUGAAAUGUACUGAGUGUGAGAGUGACAGACACUGUUUUGCAAUGCAUCCAGACUCAGCCCAUCUCUCUGCUCCAUCACCCACAACUGAGCCAGAUGCAGAACCUCAAGACAGCCGUGCACUUGAGGUGACGUCAAGGUGCACUAAAGUCUGCAGUGAAGGCAGCCCUUCUCGGUCAUGUUCAAAGGUGUGUUUAGUACGAGUCUUUCCUCGAGGUCAGUCAGAGCGCUCUGUAAAAAUGUAUGUCAUCCUUGAUGAUCAGAGCAACCGUUCACUUGCUCGCUCUGAAUUUUUCCAACUGUUCGGGGUUGAAGGCAACCUGUCGCCAUACAUGAUGAAAACAUGUGCAGGUACGACAGAGAUGACAGGAAGGAAAGCAGUGGGCUUUCAAAUUGAAGCAAUAAAUGGAGGCAUGUGCAUGGAUCUCCCACCUCUCAUCGAGUGCAAUGAAAUAAUGAACAACAGAUCCGAAAUACCGACACCAGAGGUCGCCCUUGCUCAUGCCCACUUAAAACAUAUUGCUCCCAACAUUCCAGAGCUAGAUCCUAAUGCUCAGAUGAUGAUUCUACUGGGGAGAGACAUGAUACGAGUGCACAAGGUGAGACAGCAAGUAAAUGGACCUCAUAAUGCACCCUUUGCUCAGCGCCUGGACUUGGGCUGGGUGAUUGUGGGUGAAGUGUGCAUCGACAGUGCUCAUAAACCCAUUGUAAGUGCCUUCAAGACUCACAUCUUACAGAACGGACGUCCAUCUCUCCUCACUCCUUGCCACAACAGCAUUGAUGUAAAAGAAAAACCAAGCUACGGCGGGGAGCAAAGGAGUGGCCAUUUUAGAUGCACAUCAAAGCCCUUCUCAGCAGAAGACAAACUUGGGCUCAAGGUGUUUGAACGUACAGAGAACGACAACAAGUGUGCUAUGUCCUUUGAGGAUGAGAUGUUUCUAAAAAUCAUGGAGAAAGAAGUCCAUCAGGAUGAAAUGAACAGUUGGAUUGCUCCCUUGCCGUUCAGGUCGCCUCGUCUCUCACUCCCAGAUAACAGAGAACAGGCUUUGUCUCGCCUCAGCUCUUUAAGACGCACCCUCACCAAAAAUCCUGAAAUGAAACAGCAGUUCUCUGCCUUCAUGGAAAAGCUGUUUGAGAACCAGCAUGCAGAGCCUGCACCACCAAUCCAGGAGCAACGUGAAUGCUGGUACUUGCCCAUCUUCGGUGUAUAUCACCCCCAGAAGCCAGCACAGAUACGAGUCGUGUUCGACUCAAGCGCCCAGCAACAAGGAGUCUCCCUCAACUCAGUCCUGUUGACCGGGCCUGACCUCAAUAACACUCUCCUGGGCGUCUUGCUACGGUUCAGAAAAGACCUCAUUGCAGUCACUGCUGAUAUUCAACAAAUGUUUUAUGGAUUCCUAGUGAGAGACGACCACAGAGACUAUCUGAGAUUCCUAUGGCACAAGGAUAACAACCUGUCGAAAGAGGUGGAAGAGUAUCGCAUGCGUGUGCAUGUAUUUGGAAACAGCCCGUCUCCAGCGGUCGCUAUAUAUUGUCUCCGGAGAGCAGCUCAGCAAGGUGAGACAAAGUUUGGAGCAGACACCAGACAGUUUGUUGAGAGACACUUCUAUGUGGAUGACGGACUGAUAUCGCUUCCCACAGAGUCUGCAGCUAUAGACUUGCUGAAGCGUACUUGUGCAUCACUUGCUGAGUCGAACCUGAAACUCCACAAAAUUGCUUCAAACAGCCUCGCUGUGAUGCAGGCCUUUGAACCUGAGGAACUGGCUUCUGGAAUCAAAGAUUUGGGUCUUGAUGAUGAAACCCUGCCGACCCAAAGGAGCUUAGGAUUGUGCUGGGAUUUAAACACAGACACCUUCACAUUCAAAGUAGCUGUUGCUAACAAGCCAUACACUCGCCGUGGAGUACUCUCCAUCAUUAACAGCAUAUUUGACCCUCUAGGACUGGCGGCACCGGUGACAGUUAGGGGCAAAUUAUUGUUGAGAGAGCUGGCUGGUGGAAUUCAGGAUUGGGAUGCCCUUCUUCCCGAUGACAGACUGAGUACAUGGGAGGCAUGGAAAUCAUCGCUCCAAGAGCUGAGCAGCCUUAACAUACCUCGCUGUUACGUACCAAUGUCGCUCUCAAGAUCCUCAUACACCGAACUGUGUCUCUUCUCUGACGCCUCAAACUGGGCCAUAGGGGCAGUGGCUUAUCUCCGAGCUGUCACCGAAGAUGGUCGCUGUGAAGUUGGAUUUGUACUAGGGAAAGCAAAGCUAGCACCACAGCCUGAACCCACAAUUCCCCGACUUGAGCUAUGUGGGGCUGUUCUGGCAGUUGAGAUGGCAGAGCUGAUCUUAGACGAACUGGACCACAAACCAGACGCAGUGAAGUUCUACUGCGACAGCAGAGUGGUCCUUGGAUACAUCGGUAAUGACUCGAAACGUUUCUUUGUGUAUGUGCAUAAUCGAGUGCACCGCAUACGCCAGACAACGUCCCCAGAACAGUGGCACUAUGUCCCUUCAGAACAGAACCCAGCAGAUCUGGCGACGAGAUCUGUCUCCGCAUCACAGCUUAUGGACACAAGGUGGUUCAAGGGACCUGACUUUCUCUACAAGCCUCCUGAGCCUGAAGUCCAUGCACUUUUUGAACUGGUAGAUCCUGAAAAGGAUGUAGAAGUCAGACCGCAAGUGACUGCCUUUGCUACCUGUGUUAAAACCAGGAGACUCACCUCUGAACGUUUUCAGCGUUUCUCCACGUGGGACUCCUUGUUAAGAGCUGUCGCCUUCUUAAUUCACCAAGCACGUUCUCACAGGCCUGCAGACUCCACCGACCCAUUACACCACACAUGCAAGGGAUGGCAUCGAUGCAGCAGGCCUCGUACACCUGGAGAGCUUGCAGCUGCUAAGAAACUUAUACUUGAAACUGUUCAGAGAGACACAUAUCCGGAAGAGUAUGCUGCUCUUCAAGCAAAAAGGGAAGUUUCUACUUCAAGUGAAAUCCUGAACCUUGACCCCUACAUGAAUGAUGGUCUGUUGCGUGUUGGGGGACGACUUAGACAUGCUUCACUUGAAUCAGAGGUAAAGAACCCAAUCAUCCUCUCAAAGCACAGUCACGUAACCAGACUGCUAGUAAGGCAUUAUCAUAUGGCAGUGAAACAUCAGGGACGACAGUUCACAGAGGGGGCCAUUAGGGCAGCUGGUCUGUGGAUUGUUUCUGGAAAGAGGCUGGUUAGUUCUAUUCUUCAUCACUGCAUAACAUGUCGCAAGCUCAGAGGGAAGGUAGAGGUACAGAAGAUGGCAGACCUGCCUCCAGAGAGACUCGACACAUCCCCACCUUUCUCUUAUGUAGGACUUGAUGUGUUUGGACCGUGGGCAGUAGUCACUCGUCGCACACGAGGGGGUGCGGCUCACAGCAAACGAUGGGCCAUUCUGUUCACAUGUAUGAAUACCAGAGGUGUCCAUAUUGAAGUCAUUGAAUCGUUGGAUACUGACAGUUGCAUAAAUGCACUGAGGAGAUUCUUUGCAAUUAGAGGCUCAGCAAAACAGCUCAGGUCAGACAGGGGCACUAAUUUCAUUGCAGCUAGUUUGGAACUGGGCAUGGGACAGCCUGACGAAAAACAAACCAGCAUCCUGAAGUAUCUCCAUAGCAACGGCUGCACAUGGAAGUUCAACCCACCACACGCUUCCCACAUGGGGGGAGUGUGGGAGAGGAUGAUUGGAGUGACACGCCGAAUAUUGGAUUCCAUGCUUUUGCAGAACAAACACACUCAUCUGACACAUGAUGUGCUGUGUACCUUAAUGGCAGAGAUAUCAGCAAUAAUCAAUGCACGGCCCUUGGUUCCUGUCUCAUCGGACUCUUCCUCACCGUUUCUGCUUUCCCCUGCCAUGAUCUUGACCCAAAAGCCAAGCUUGCCUGCUCCACCUGUAAACUUUGCUGAAAAAGAUCUCCUGAGAGCCCAGUGGAGACAAGUACAAGUGCUUGCUAAUGUAUUCUGGAGCCGCUGGAGGAACGAGUACAUUAAUACUCUGCACUCAAGACGCAAGUGGCAUAAAACGCAUCGCAACCUGCAACCUGGAGACAUUGUGAUGUUAAAACAAGGCCAAGCUCCUAGGAAUGAGUGGCCUAUGGCUGUUGUCACAUCUACCUUUCCAAGUAGUGAUGGCAAGGUUCGCAAGGUCGAGGUACGGACAUCAUCUAAGGGAACAUCAAAGACUUACCUGCGACCCAUCUCUGAUGUCAUCAUCCUCCUUGAAAAGGACUAACAAGUAAAAGUUAAAGUUAGUGACAUGGUAAUGCCAGACGGGGAGUGUUCUGCCCGCAGAUGACAAUUCAUCAUUUCUAGUUAAAUAACAUACAGUUUAAAAAGCAAGUUAAAAGUAUUUCAUCAGAAUUUUAUUGUGAAAGAUCAAGUUGGAAGUAUUUCAUCGGUGUUUUACUGUGAAAGGUUAAAAAGGAUCUGCUUUGCAUUGUGGGACAGAGAUGCUCAUAUGUACACACGCAGAGAGAAGCAGACACAUGGUGACAGCAUUCCUCCUGUUACGUUUUUUCCUACACCCGCGAAAGCAAUGGCUUUUCACUCAUAAGUUUUCACCUGUCAUCCAUGAGAUGCUAAUAAAGGAGCAAGGCGCUCGCUUCCUGGCUCGUGAAAACCGAGUUUGGCUGGCUGUUUAACUGCGUUGACAUACAAGUUGUAUAUAACACGUAGAGAGAACAGUACAGUAAGGUUACCAUCAUAGUGAACUUGUGAGCUCAUUACAGUGAAAGUAAGGCUACAUGAUAUAGGAAAAAAUGACACUGAAAUUCUGUUUGUCUAUGAUACAUACUGUGAGGAACUUUUAUCAGAUGACUCAAAUAUACUGUGGUACUAAUUUUAAGAGGCAAAUAAAUUAAUUGUGUUGCCAUGUGGUGGCAACAAUUGCAAGACUGUGUCAACAGAGCACCUGUUUUUGUUCCAAGUCAAGAUUUUUGUAGCUGAAAACAACAAAAACAAAACAACUAAUGUUGCAUAAGUUCUUGCAGCCAAAUGUUCCUUUUAAGCAUUUCUCUGUUGUUUGCUGCUCAUUUGGUUGUGCACAUGUAGAGUCUUCUUGUCAACAAACUCUGUGUCUCAUAAAUGAAGAUCUAAAAAAACUGCUUUGCAUGCAUUGUAUGUGUAUUCAUGGACUUUGACUGGGAGCAGAUGAUGUUCUAUCAGAUAGCUUCUGCUAUACACUACCAUUCAAAAAUCUGGGAUCACUUAGCAAUGUCAUUAUUUCUGAAAGAAAAGCAUUUUUUUCAAUGAAGAUAACAUUAAAUGAAUCAGAAAUACA